AUGCCCGCAGCCUCCGGGCAGGGGUCCGAGGAAUGCUCGGGGCGUGCUGGGGGCAGGGCGAGGCGGGCAGCACGGAGGGGCGCGGGGCGGGCGGCGGGCGGAGCGCCCGGGGGUGGCGGAGCGCGGUACCGCCCCCGGCGCGGGCACCGGGGCGGGGCGGGCCGGGAGCGCCCGGUGCCGGCGGCGGCGCAGGGGGGAGCGGGGGCUCCGUCCCCGCCGGAGCGCGGCCCCGAUGCGCCGAGAAUGAGCUGCGGCCAGCCCAAGGACAUGGAAGCCGCCGCCGCUCACUUCAGCUUCUGCCGCAGCCUCCUGGAGCACACGGUCUCGGCCGAGAACCUCAGCUACCGCCUGCAGAGGAACCCGGGCAGCAGCCUCACCUGGCACGACGGCCGGAGCCAGAGGCCCGACGGCGGCCGCACCGUCAAGCUCCUGCGGCAGCCGGGCACCGAGGGCUCGCAGGGCCGUGCCUGUGACCACUAUGGCAUCUACCACACCAGCCCCACGCUGGGCAGCCUGGCCAAGCCGGUGGUGCUCUGGACCCAGCAGGAUGUGUGCAAAUGGCUGAAGAAGCACUGUCCCCAUAACUAUCUAAUCUAUGUCGAGGUGUUCUCCCACCACGCCAUCACAGGUCGGGCGCUGCUGCGGCUGAACGGGGAGAAGCUGCAGCGCAUGGGCAUCGCUCCCGAGGCGCAGCGCCAGGAGGUCCUGCAGCAGGUCCUGCAGCUCCAGGUGCGCGAAGAGGUCCGGAACCUGCAGCUGCUCAGCCGAGAUUGCACCAACACUGUGAACCGAGCACCUCUGGGAUGGGCUGUGCACCGCUGACACGAGACCUGCACCCCACACUUGCAAUACGAAGAGACAGAGGCAGCUCCCCAGCCACACCAGGGCUUCUCUCCUUCUUCUUUCUCUUUCUUCUUCAUGAAUACAUUCCCAUGCAGAAAUGGGAGGUUUCGUCCCCCAGACGUGGCUCUUGGCUGGAGGAAAACUAGCAGAACAACAACUGGGACAGAGGAACUUUUGCCCACCUGAGCCUGUCAGUUCACCAGGAAAGAGAUGGGGAAAAGGAGAUGGCGAUGGGCAGGGCUCAGGAUUACGGGCAAACCAAGUGUGGUUAUUCCUGCCAUGCACAGGACAGUGAAGCCUCGUGCACAUGGGUGACAUCCCAGCACCCAGCAGCUCAUGCCCAUGCCUCAGAGAUUAUUUAGGGAGCUUUAGUUUUCUCUUCAGACCGGGCUGUCUUCCAGCGUCCUAGGAGGUAACCUUAUCGGUAGCAAAUCAGAUGACCCAACCAGCCAAAAAAAAAUAUGGAAAGCCACCAGCACCCAACUCCCCUUGGUGAGUUAAAAAGGGAGCUGAGUCAUCAGAGCUGGAAAAUCCAGGAGCAAAGGCAGGAUGGGACACAUCGCAGCCUGGAGGAAGCUGUUCCAGGAGCUUGUCCUUCAUCCGUCCCCGUGUGCAGGCAGACGGGGCAGCUGCUGUGGGGCUGGGUAGGAGCAGCCAGGGAUGCCUCUGGGUGCUGCCCAGGGUGUGGAUGGGGAUUCCUGGGGUGCCAGGUGCCCCCCAGCCCUUCUGCCUGAUCGUGCUCCCUCCCUGUGCUCCCAAGCUCUGCUCCUCUGGGCAUUUGCCAAUGCUCAUCCCAACCUGCUGCCCAGGGGCUGGUGACAGUGCCACCAAACCCGGCACAAUCCUGGUGACCCAGCUCAUCAUUAGGGAGAAGCAACAUUUACUGUAACACCCCCUGAGCCCUCAAAUCUCCCUGUCCUGAGCCACAGACCACUUGUGUGGACAGGUAAGGAAAAAUGAUAUGUAAAACCGAAAAUUAGGGGACAGGGUGGAUGCUGUCACCUCUCUGUGUUUCCUGCCCUCCCCCCCCCCCCCAGUGACGAGGACAGGGCUGUGGGGCCAGGGGGUUCCAGCACCUCAAAGCUCCUGGGGCACUGGAGCUGGCAGGGAUGUGGAGGCAGGUCACGGUGGCCCCCCCAGCAGGGUGCUCACCCACCACCCACCUGCUCCUCUGCUGGUAAUAAAG